AUGAUGGCGCUCAGCUAUGAGGGCUUAGCAGGUUGGAGGAGCCUUUCAAGCAUCAGUGCCGAAGCGCAUCAUCGGGAACUUGAAUUUGUUCGUUGUGAUUGCUCUAUCAUCUGCAUGGUUGCACGAGCAAGUCUUACCUUCGGAACCUUGAUGGCCGGUUUGCAAAUGAGCAUGGUCUGCUAUGCUUCCUUUGUCUCCAGUCGAAACGUGCUCCAAGCAUUGAGAACCAGUUUAUGCCUGUGUCAGCCGUUUCUUGGAGGGUUCCUUGUGGCAUUUAGCAGCUUUGCAAGCAGCAAGCAACCCAGCCUCAGCCAGAAUGCUGCCACUCCACGAGACGAAGUCUUCUCGUGA